GUCCCCACAUCAUCCAAGUGUUCUAGUCAGUGGUGGUGGAACAGCUGAUCGAUCUUUACGCUUUUGGAAUACAAUGACUGGACAAGCAAUGCAAUGUGUUGAGACUGGGAGUCAAGUUUGCAAUGUUGCUUGGUCUAAACACAGCCCAGAAUUAGUAUCAACACAUGGCUAUUCAUUUAAUCAAGUAAUUUUAUGGAAAUAUCCAAGUAUGCAACCAAUAACAAAAUUAUCUGGUCAUCAAUCAAGAGUUUUAUAUUUGGCAAUGUCUCCCGAUGGUGAAUCUAUUGUUACUGGUGCUGGUGAUGAAACUUUACGUUUUUGGCAUGUCUUCUCAAAAUCAAGUAAUCAAAAAACGGUUCGUUCACGUUUGGAUUUGCAUAGCUGCAUUCGAUAAAAUAAAAAAUGAUAAGAUAAUUUUCCCGAUAUAAGGAUUUUUUUUAAAUUUAGUCAACUCCAAAAAAAAAUAAGUUUUUUUCAGACCUCUUUU